AUGUGCAAGUUAACGCUCGAGGCUCGAGCGAGAGAUCCGUCUCCCCACAUCGAAAUUCAGGAAGGUUCUUACAGACAUGUUCCGGUCAAGGAGGGAGAGCGGAUCCAGUCUCAGGCUGGACUCGAGCAACGGGCCUCAGUGGGCAGGGGUGAGCCUGGACCCUUAAGGCAUUCCAAGGGUCCCCAGUGGGAUCGCCAAGCGGAGCACAGGAGUGAUCCCGCAGAUCACAGGCAGAAAGGCGAUCAGUCCCCCAGCCCUUCCCAGGACCCCGUGGACUCCCCCGACCCCAGCGAGGGAUCCCUGUGCGAUUGGCCCCUGGAAGCCGAGAUGUCGGACCCUCACGGAUCACCGGGCAGCACCGCGGCCGCCCACCGGAGGCGCCUCCAGCACGGUCGGAGCAAGUCGCAGGGGGGCUCCACAGGGAACCGAGCCCCCCGCGCCCUCUACUGCCUCACCCUGAACAACCCGAUCCGGAGAGCCUGCAUCAGCCUCGUCGAGUGGAAGACUUUCGACAUCCUCAUCCUUUUGACUAUUUUCGCUAACUGUGUGGCCCUCGCUGUGCACAUCCCCUUCCCCGAGGACGACUCCAACAAUGUCAACCACACCCUGGAGCAGGUGGAGUAUAUUUUCCUGAUCGUGUUCACGGUGGAGACCUUCCUGAAAAUCGUCGCCUAUGGACUGGUCAUGCACCCCACAGCCUACGUGAGGAACGGCUGGAACCUGCUGGAUUUCGUCAUUGUCAUCGUCGGGUUAUUCAGCGUUGCCCUGGAGAAAUUGACUCACACCCCAGGGCAGAGCCACCACAUGGCGGGGAAGGCCGGAGGCUUCGACGUGAAGGCCCUGCGCGCGUUCCGGGUGCUGCGACCCCUCCGCCUGGUUUCGGGGGUCCCCAGUCUGCAGAUCGUACUGAACUCCAUCAUGAAGGCAAUGGUGCCCCUGCUCCACAUCGCACUGCUGGUGCUCUUCGUCAUCAUCAUCUACGCCAUCAUCGGCCUCGAGCUCUUCAUCGGCAGGCUCCACAAGACCUGCUACUACAUUGGACAGGAUAUCCUGGCGGAGGAGGAACCGCUGCCCUGCGCCUUCUCCGGUAACGGGAGACAGUGCACGGUGAACGGGACGGAGUGCCGGGGCCGCUGGGAGGGUCCCAACGGCGGCAUCACCAACUUCGACAACUUCUUCUUCGCCAUGCUGACUGUCUUCCAGUGUAUCACCAUGGAGGGGUGGACUGAUGUCCUGUACUGGACUCAAGAUGCCAUGGGUUACGAGCUACCCUGGGUUUAUUUCGUCAGCCUCGUCAUCUUCGGCUCGUUUUUCGUCCUCAACCUGGUGCUGGGAGUGUUGAGUGGCGAGUUCUCCAAGGAGCGAGAGAAGGCGAAGGCGCGCGGGGACUUCCAGAAGCUGAGGGAGCGCCAGCAGAUGGAGGAGGACCUGAGGGGCUACCUGGACUGGAUCACCCAGGCUGAGGACAUCGACCCCGACGAGGAGGACCAGGAGGCGGGCGAGAAGCACAAACGUGAGUCCCAGGCCUCCCCCGGCGAGGCGGAGGGAAGCGUUACCAUGGUGGAUCUUGCCAACAAGAAACGAGGGAAGCUGGGAUGGUUCAGUUCCUCCAACGAGACCCACAGUGAGUCGAGCCACGCUAGUCUCCCCGCCAGCGAAACGGCAUCCAUCAAUACCGAGCUCGGCGGUGAGGAGGAGCAAGCGGCGUGUUGCACAGUAAUACUAGGAAAAUUGUCAAAGACACGGAUCUGCAAGCGCCUGCGCCGAUGGAACAGGCACUGCCGUCGACACUGCCGGGCGGCCGUGAAGUCCGUCACCUUCUACUGGAUCGUGCUGCUCCUGGUCUUCCUCAACACGGCCACCAUCGCCUCCGAGCACCACAACCAGCCCGAAUGGCUUACCCAGGUCCACGACAUCGCCAACAAGGUUUUGCUGUCACUGUUCACGGCCGAGAUGUUGCUGAAGUUAUACAGCCUGGGGCUCGAGGCCUACUUCCUCUCCUUCUUCAACCGGUUCGACUGCUUCGUAGUGUGUGGGGGCAUCGUCGAGACGGUCCUGGUCGAACUCCAGGUCAUGCCGCCCCUCGGUAUCUCCGUGCUCCGCUGUGUCCGCCUCCUCCGCAUCUUUAAGGUGACCAGGCACUGGGCGGCCCUGAGCAACCUGGUGGCGUCGCUGCUGAACUCCAUGAAGUCCAUCGUUUCUCUGCUGCUCCUCCUCUUCCUCUUCAUCAUCAUCUUCUCCCUGCUCGGCAUGCAAGUGUUCGGCGGCAAGUUCAACUUCGACGACACGCAGACCAAACGCAGCACCUUCGACACCUUCCCACAGGCCCUGCUCACCGUCUUCCAGAUCCUGACGGGCGAAGACUGGAACGUGGUGAUGUAUGACGGUAUCAUGGCCUUCGGGGGGCCAUACUUCCCCGGCAUGUUGGUGUCCAUCUACUUCAUCAUCCUCUUCAUCUGUGGGAACUACAUCCUGUUAAAUGUCUUCUUGGCCAUCGCAGUGGAUAAUCUGGCUGACGCAGACGGCGGGUCGAACCAGAAGGAGGAGAAGUCUCGCAAGGAAAGGUAGGCUUUGCUUAACCCCUCGGCCAAGGCUGAGGACGAUGAGGGAUCGGCUGUACCGGAUUGGGAGGAGACCGAGGAAGAGCGGGCGGAGAGCUUGGUGGAGUCCGCUGCCGACCAGCUAUCCAGCUUCGUGCCCCCCAAGGAGAAGAUCAUCCCCAUUCCGGAUGGAAGCGCCUUCUUCAUCCUGAGUUCCACCAACCCGAUCCGAGUCGCUUGUCAUCACCUGAUCCAUCACCACAUCUUCACAAACCUCAUCCUGGUCUUCAUCAUCUUCAGCAGCGUCUCGCUGGCGGCCGAGGACCCCAUUCGCGCACACUCCUUCCGCAACCACGUGCUUGGAUACUUUGACUAUGCCUUCACCUCCAUUUUCACCGUGGAGAUCCUGUUUAAGAUGGUGACGUUUGGAGCCUUUAUGCAUCAGGGUUCGUUCUGCAGGAACGCAUUCAACAUGUUGGAUCUGCUGGUGGUCAGCGUCUCCCUCAUCUCCUUCUGGCUACAGUCGAGUGCCAUCUCGGUGGUGAAGAUCCUCCGUGUUCUGCGAGUGCUGCGGCCCCUGAGGGCCAUCAACAGAGCCAAGGGGCUGAAGCAUGUAGUCCAGUGUGUCUUUGUGGCCAUUAAAACCAUUGGGAACAUAAUGAUUGUCACAACGUUGCUGCAGUUCAUGUUUGCCUGCAUUGGGGUCCAGCUGUUUAAGGGUAAAUUUUAUCGGUGUACAGACGAGGCCAAGCAUACUCCAGAGGAGUGCAAGGGCACCUUCAUCGUGUUCAAGGACGGGGACGUGACGCGGCCCAUGGUCCGGCAGCGUGUUUGGCAUAACAACGACUUCACCUUCGACAGUGUGCUAGCCGGAAUGAUGGCCCUGUUCACCGUCUCCACCUUCGAGGGGUGGCCGGCUCUCCUGUACCGCGCCAUUGACGCCAACGCAGAGGAUGUGGGCCCCAUCUAUAACCACCGGGUGGAGAUCUCGAUCUUCUUCAUCGUCUACAUCAUCAUCAUCGCCUUCUUCAUGAUGAACAUCUUCGUGGGCUUCGUCAUUAUCACCUUCCGCGAGCAGGGCGAGAAGGAAUACCAGAACUGCGAGCUCGACAAGAAUCAGAGGCAGUGUGUGGAAUACGCCAUGAAGGCACAGCCUCUGCUUCUGUACAUCCCGAAGAACCGCUACCAGUACAAGGUGUGGUACAUGGUGAACAGUACUGGCUUCGAGUACAUCAUGUUUGUCCUCAUCCUCCUCAACACCAUCACCCUGGCUAUGCAGCACUACGAGCAGUCCGACCCCUUUAACUACGCCAUGGACAUCUUGAACAUGGUCUUCACCGGCCUCUUCACCGUGGAGAUGUUCCUGAAAAUUACCGCCUUCAAACCCAGGCAUUACUUUGUUGAUGCCUGGAACACCUUUGAUGCUUUGAUUGUGGUGGGAAGUGUCGUUGAUAUUGCAGUUACUGAGAUCAAUAACGGCGGGCACCUCGGGGAGAGUUCGGAGGACAGUUCACGCAUCUCCAUCACCUUCUUCCGCCUCUUCCGAGUGAUGCGUCUGGUGAAGCUGCUCAGCAAGGGCGAAGGGAUUCGGACCCUGCUCUGGACCUUCAUCAAGUCCUUCCAGGCCCUGCCAUAUGUCGCUCUGUUAAUCGCUAUGAUAUUCUUCAUCUACGCAGUGAUCGGAAUGCAGACCUUCGGGAAGAUCGCCUUACAGGAGAACACAGCAAUCAACAUGAACAACAACUUUCAAACGUUCCCCCAGGCCGUCCUCCUCCUCUUCAGAUGUGCGACAGGAGAGGCCUGGCAGGAGAUAAUGUUGGCGAGUCUUCCAGGCAAAAGGUGUGACCCGGAGUCCGACUUUGCACCGGGGGAGGAGUUCACCUGCGGAAGCAACUUCGCCAUUAUCUACUUCAUCAGCUUCUUCAUGCUGUGCGCGUUCCUGAUCAUCAAUCUCUUCGUGGCGGUCAUCAUGGACAACUUCGACUACCUGACCCGUGACUGGUCCAUCCUGGGCCCCCACCACCUGGACGAGUUCAAGAGGAUCUGGUCCGAGUAUGACCCCGAGGCAAAGGGCCGGAUCAAGCACCUGGACGUGGUGACACUUCUCCGGAGGAUCCAGCCCCCCCUUGGAUUCGGGAAGCUGUGUCCCCACCGGGUGGCCUGCAAGCGACUGGUUGCCAUGAACAUGCCCCUAAACUCGGACGGGACAGUCUCAUUCAACGCCACCCUCUUCGCUCUGGUCAGGACUGCACUGAAGAUCAAAACCGAAGGUAACCUGGAGCAGGCGAACACCGAGCUAAGGGCCGUGAUCCGUAAGAUCUGGAAACGCACCAAGCCCAAGGUCCUGGACGAGAUCAUUCCGCCGCCUGAAGACGAGGAAGUUACCGUUGGGAAGUUCUACGCCACCUUCCUGAUCCAGGAUUACUUCCGGAAGUUCAGGAAGAGGAAGGAGAAGGGGAUGCUGAGCCACUCCGAGCUCUGCAACUCGACAACGCUGCAGGCUGGUCUGCGGACUCUGCAGGACAUUGGACCGGAGAUACGCCGGGCAAUAUCAUGUGACCUGCAGGAAGAGAUGGAAGAGGAGGAGAUACACGAGGAGGAUGCUCCCUACCAGAACUUGGAGAGGCGGUGUUCCCAGAUUUCGGCAGACUCCACACACUCCGUCGUGAGCCUAGCUCGUGCCAGUGCCGGGAACGAGGCCACUCCCCACCAUAUCAGCAGUGGCUCCCCGCCUCAGGAGGGGCAGGCUGGGGACCACGAGGGGAACGACAAGGAGCCUCUGAACAGCCCCAACAAGAAGGGAAGCGCCAAUAGCUCCAGGAGAGAUUCCUUGGGGAAGGACGUCCCGCCGAUUCUGCGGAAAGGGGACCCGGCACCAGCGGAGGGGUCAGCGGAGGACCACCUCUCUGGCGAGCAGGGCUACUACAGCCGGGACGAGGACAAUGAGAGCGAAGCGUCCAGGGAGAGGCCGAUGGACUGGGAUGAGAACGAGGCGUACCGCGGCGCGCAGGAGACACCGCCGGCGGCCCAACGCACUGAGAAUCAUCACAGGCCGGUUGCCGUCCAGACAGAGGGGAAACACUGGCCCCGCAGGCGGUUACUGCCGCCAACACCGCCAGGUCGGAAACCGAAUUUCCGAAUCCAGUGUCUCGCUCGGCAAGAAAGUAAGGAUGAUAUCCCUAUUCCGGGGACCUACCAGCAACACAGUCUUCCUCGACGCACAGUGUCACAGCCGGGGUACGUGGGCAGUGAGAGCUCCUCCCAGGGUUCCGCCCAUGGCUGGGCCACCCCUCCCCAGCCCAAGAGGAGUCGACUGCUGUAUGCCCCGCUGGUGCUGCUGGAGCCCCAGGAGACCUGGGGCAAGGGGCUGCUGGGCGCUCCCUCCCCGGCCCACAGCCACUGGUACAGCCCGGAGCCGCCCGCCUACCGCACCUACGCCGCGCCCACCCUCCGGGUGCCGGGGGCCGCCGACAUCCCCUACCACGGGCAGCGAGGGAGCGCCGACAGCCUGGUGGAGGCAGUGCUGAUCUCUGAGGGGCUAGAACUCUACGCCCGGGACCCCAAGUUUGUGGCAUUUGCCAAGCGUGAGAUCGCGGACGCCUGCCACAUGACGGUGGAUGAGAUGGAGAGCGCAGCCAGCGACCUGCUGGGAUGGCGGCACGGAACGGGCGCCAGCCACCCACGGGUGCCCUGCCGCCGGGACUGUGGGCCACACCCCUGCUCUGACGAGGAGGCCUCCCCCGGCCCUGCCGAGGAUGAGCUGCGCGAUGAGAUGAUCUGUGUCACCUCCUUUUGA